GCGGGCCGCGCCGCUCCCUCCCUCCCUCCCGGCGGCCGGGGCGCCACUGACAGAGCGCGGAGCGGAGCAGCGCCCAGCGCCUCCGGGACCCCCGCACCCCGCCGCGCCGCGCCCGUGGAUGGGAGAGGCGGGCGGCGCCGGCUUCACGGAGCACAGCGAAGCGGCUGCGGUGGCGGCUCGGAUGGAUUGAAUCUUCUGUGUUGAAUGCCUCCUGGUUUUUCUAUUGGAUUUCCCAUCUGGAGAAAUACUUGUGCUUUGAGCCACUGUGGCAAACUGAGUUGUGGAUCCAGGGCUCCUAAGACUUCAGAUCUUGGGGAGGCAGCCACUGCUGAAUCACGUUAACCUGAUAUCACAGCCACAAUGGUGCUGUCACAAAGGCAACGAGAUGAGCUAAAUCGAGCAAUAGCAGAUUACCUUCGCUCUAAUGGCUAUGAAGAGGCAUAUUCAGUUUUUAAAAAGGAAGCUGAGUUAGAUGUGAAUGAAGAGUUAGAUAAGAAGUAUGCCGGACUUCUGGAGAAAAAAUGGACAUCGGUUAUAAGAUUACAAAAGAAGGUAAUGGAAUUAGAAUCGAAGCUGAAUGAAGCUAAGGAAGAAUUUACAUCAGGUGGACCUCUUGGUCAGAAACGAGACCCUAAGGAGUGGAUUCCUCGUCCUCCAGAGAAGUAUGCUUUGAGUGGACAUAGGAGUCCUGUCACUCGAGUAAUUUUCCAUCCAGUUUUCAGUGUUAUGGUUUCUGCUUCAGAGGAUGCCACAAUAAAGGUGUGGGAUUAUGAGACAGGAGACUUCGAACGAACCCUUAAGGGUCAUACAGACUCUGUGCAAGAUAUUUCUUUUGAUCACACUGGCAAACUGUUGGCCUCCUGUUCUGCUGAUAUGACCAUUAAGCUAUGGGAUUUCCAGGGCUUUGAGUGCAUCAGAACUAUGCAUGGUCAUGAUCAUAAUGUUUCUUCGGUAGCCAUCAUGCCCAAUGGAGAUCAUAUAGUUUCUGCCUCGAGGGAUAAAACUAUCAAAAUGUGGGAAGUCCAGACAGGUUACUGUGUGAAGACUUUCACGGGUCACAGAGAAUGGGUGCGCAUGGUGCGGCCUAACCAGGAUGGCACCUUAAUUGCCAGUUGUUCUAAUGACCAGACAGUGCGUGUUUGGGUGGUAGCAACAAAGGAAUGCAAAGCUGAGCUCCGAGAGCAUGAGCAUGUGGUAGAAUGCAUUUCCUGGGCUCCCGAGAGCUCAUACUCCACCAUAUCAGAAGCUACAGGAUCAGAGACUAAGAAGAGUGGUAAGCCUGGGCCGUUUCUGCUGUCUGGAUCCAGAGACAAGACCAUUAAGAUGUGGGACAUCAGCACUGGCAUGUGCCUUAUGACACUUGUGGGCCAUGAUAACUGGGUACGUGGCGUUCUGUUCCAUUCUGGGGGAAAGUUUAUUUUGAGCUGUGCUGAUGACAAGACUCUACGUGUCUGGGACUUCAAGAACAAACGAUGCAUGAAAACCCUCAAUGCGCACGAACACUUUGUUACCUCUUUGGAUUUCCACAAGACGGCACCAUAUGUGGUUACUGGAAGUGUAGAUCAAACAGUAAAAGUGUGGGAGUGCCGUUGAUUGAAUUCACAUUUGACCCCUUUCUCCUCUGGAUGCACUCAAAUACCAUGGUUACCCAUUGAGCUCUGUUUAAAUAAAUAUUGUCCUUUCAUGUAAAUUAUUCUGGAUGUAGAUUGAGCUUAUUAAAUGUUACACACAAAGUAUUCAUGCAUGGUGAAUCCAAAUUGUAUACUGUAAAUUUACAUACGUUGUCUAGAAGUACCAUAGGUUUAAGAACAUGGGCUGGCAUUGGUCACAUCAGACCUAAGAAGGCAGAAGUUGGAUGAUUGAAAUAGGGCACUUAACUGAAUAGUUGACAGUGUCGUUCUAUGUCGGAUAAUUAUACCUGUUUUUCUUUCUGCUGUCUGUUGGUGCCUGAAUUGGUGACCUCAUUUGGGAAAGGUUUUGUAGGGCUCUUUCAGAAAUGUGUAUCUAUGUAACAUCACUUAAGUGUGCUUAAUAAAUCUUCUCUAAGAGUACUAGAUAACAAGGCUGCAAGUCAGAAUCUUCUGAACCUUAUAUGUAAUUAAUGGAAAUUAAUUAAACUUUGGAAUAUUUGUCAUGAAACAUUUGCCAAAUCAACAGAAUACACUUUGUUUUGGCCUCCUAUCACGCAAGGGUUGGUAUAUUUAUAUAACUAACUGUAAACCUGAAAUAAGACAACAAAUCCUAGUAGCAGCUGAUGUGAUAAAUGUAUUUAUUUUUUAUUUGGUCAUUCAGUGGUUAAACUGUGCUGUUAAACUAAGUUUAAAUGUGGGGGGGUUUUUGUUUUGUUUUUUUUAAUGCUAGACGAACUUCCAGGAGGAGUUGUCCAUCCCACUAGAAUUUAGUGAUCUAAUUUCCAAUAGAGCUUAAUCUCCCAAAUGACUGCCAUGGUACAACUUGCUGUUUGCUUUCAAUGUUUGUUAGAGAUGUGCAAUUCCUAUUACACAACAGUAUCAAAGUACACUUCCCUUACGUUCUCACGCAGGAGGCUGGGAUAUACGAAGGUGUCUUGGUUUCUUUAAUGCCUCCUUGGAACCCUUUUGAAUACGAGGUUAUAUUCACCUUGACAAGACAAUGUGGCUUGAAUAAAAACUUGCUGUGGUUUACGUAUGGAGAAAGAUCUUUGGACGUAGUAUUUAAAUGCUUGAAAGAAAGCACUAAAUACCUUGAGGAUCAGAUUAUAAUGGCAGAUACAAAUUGAUACAGGCUUCUAAAAGGAAAACAAAACACCAUCAACAAAGCAAAGCCCAGCUGGGGCAGUGAUGCUGUCAGGUAAAAAUUAAAAACCAAAUUCUGUCCACAAAACCAGCCCAGCUUGGUUAUCAGCAUUUGCAUGGGCUGGUGGAUUCAGCUUUUAAUUUGUACAUCCCCGGAGUUACAUACUUUGAUCUGAAGUGAAUGAAAACAUAAAUUAAUAUUUUAAUCAGCGUUUUGUGACAAAUUCCGUUAUAGAGAACUAAGAAUCCCAGUACUCAUUGAACUAACCGGGUCUUUUAAAAAAAAUCCCCUUUACAAUUUCUGCUGUAAUGAAAUACCAGUCUGACGUUUUAACAGGUGAAGUUGUGCUUUUUUACUCGGUUUGUUUAAUACAUGGCUUUUAAAACUGUCCCUUUUAAGAAUGGAGAUCCCUGCCCGGCUGGGUGCCUCCUCCUGCAGCCGCCCCGGGGAGGCCCCGCUGGGUGCAGCCCGGUUCAGUUUGUGUCCGUGCAGAGCUGCCCCUGGAGGGAUGGGGGAAACAGGGGGCUCUGACGUGUGGGGGUUUGGAGCCAGUGUAAGAUUCAGGCAAACCUCUUAAAUCCAGUGGCUUGUGUCAUUUUCAGUGUGUGUUUCUGCACUUAGGCAUGCAGAAAUAAAGUAUUUUUUCUUCAUUAGCUGCUUGGACUGGAAGAAUUUGCUGCUCUCUGUGCUAUUGGAGAACACCAGAUACACAGUAGCGCAUCUUAAAAUUCCUCAGUGCAUCUGCAAUUGUAAAGCAGUAAGUCAGUUCAGCUCCUGAUAGAACCCAGAAACUUUAUUUAAGUAUGAAAACCACGCUCGUGUACAUAAUUCAUAAACAUGACUGAAAAAUUAAAGGUACCUGUUAAGUGGAAAUUGUCUGCUGCCUUUUUCGCUGUGGCACAGGGCUGUUUGCAGGAGGAAACACUAACAAACGUAAGCAGUGUUUAAUUGCUUGUGCAGGACUCCCUGCCACGUUCUUCUGCAGUGCAGCGUGCAACCUCCUCCUUGAAAGAGCAGUGAAUCAUCUCAGGGAUGGUCCUGAACGGGUCAGAAGUCAAAGCCCUGUUUAGGCAAAAACAAACCCUGUUACCACGAGGCAGGAGGGGGGUCCUGCUCCUGGGGCUGUUCUGCAGGGUUGCUCCCUGCUCUUGCACUGUGCUGAACUUUUUCACUGUUUGCAGCGUUCCGGCAGCUGCCUGCUGCUGGGUGUUCCUGGGUUAGGCAACGAGGCCACUGGUUUGGAUUGCAAACUGCUGGGGGUUAAGAGGUUCACUGCUGCUCUGUCACUUUCUGUACUGAGGUCAGCAUUGCUUAAAACGUGACUGUGCCUAAACCGUGCUACGUAGAGACGGCUCAGACUGCCGCUUGGCGUAAGGACAGACAGACAUUCCAGUGCCACACUCGUGUAAUGUGCCCAGGAAGUCUUAGAUGUAUUCCUAAAAGUGCAACCUUUGUUGUGGUUCAGACGUGACCUGGAGGUGAUGUUUUAUGGCAUCUUGCACUUUAGAAGACUUCAGAAAACCGUCCUGCUUCGGGGUGUGGUGUGAGCAGUGGUGUGAGCAGUGGUGUGAGCAGUGGUGUGCCCGGGCACGAGGUGAAGAGCAAGCUGGAGCUGCAGCGGGGCUGUGCUGGGCCGGGCUGUGGCUGCGGCUGCCACCUCCCGCCCGGCUGCUCCUCGGUGCUGCUCCUCGGUGCUCGUCUUUACACGAGCUGCCUGAUGCUAGCGCUCUCAACUGGCUUUUGACUCGCAUGAAAGCUGUUUAGAAGAAAAGGAUACUUCGUUCGUUUGGGUUUUUUUUCUUUUCUGUAGACAGUGGUGGCUUGAUAAUCCUUUUAAUGAUUUGAAUAUAAAGAAAAAAUACUAAGUUGAGUGAAGGAAAAACGCACUUAGAAUGAGUUAUUUGCUGUCCAACUGUACAUUAAGUCCAGUGUAUUUAAAAAAAAAAAAAAAAGUCGAUAGAAUCUUCUAGCAAAGAAUGCGUGCAUAAAGGGUAGGGAUAACGGCGUGAGGAGCGGCAGGGCUGGCGCGGCUGUCCCAGGCACACGGGGCUGCCGCUGCCUUCCUCUUUCCGCCGCGUCACGUCAGUAGCUGCUCUCCUGUCCCCAGGCUCCCCCUGCACAUCCAGGUUCCUCGGCAACAUCUCCGCGUUGCAGGAGUUGGUCCUGGCGUUGCCGUGAAGGCAAACGCUGAAUUUUUCCACGUUAGAGGUUGCAAUUGGAGAAAACAGUUCCCAGACCGUAGGAGUUAACUAAAGAUAUUGACACGAUUUAAAAAAACCAACAACAAAUAGUAAAGGAAUGUAUAUAAUACUGCUCUGUGUUUUACAGUAAGAUUUGUUGCUCUCAGACUGUGUAAAACAAAAUUUAUUCAUGUUUUCUGCAUAUUAAAAGAAUCUUAUUGUACCAAUUGGUAAACUAUUAAAUGCAUAUAAAACUA